CGAAUAACCAAGGUCAGAGGUGAACUAUGCCAAAAUAAAACUAGUAAAAGGUUGAAAGAUCAGUGAAAAUCAGUGAAAUCGAAGGGAUCGAAAGAGAGAAAUGCUGCUGAUGGACGCGCUGUUCAACAGCCUGUUGGUGGUCAGUUCCGGCUAUGCGAUGUACACGCUGCAUCCCCUGGAGACGCCCUACGGCUAUGCGACGGCGGCCUUGAGCCUGGUCCACGGCCUCCUGGGGGUGGUGCGGGCGGCGAGCAACGACGACGACGAGUGCAACCGGGUGCGAUUGAUAACGUCGGGAAUCAUGGAGAUCGUACCGCUGCCGCUGGCCAAUAUCGAGCUGUAUUUGAAGUCCAGCAACCCGAGUUUGGCCCUGGCCCACGGCUCUUUCGUCGUCCCACUGGUCUACGAUCUGAUGGCCAAGAUGGGCGACAACGAGGACACCUCCACGGAGACGCUGAAGGAGCUCACCCUGCUGGGAAACGUGGUAUCGUUGCUCUUUUUGGGCGUCAAUCAGUCGAGCAAUCUGUACGGCGGCAUGGCGGCCAUCGCCUUUGCGGCCCGCUACGGAUCCGUGAUCCUCGACUACUAUUGGGAGGGCCUCGGCGCCGACUUCACCCUGCUGGCCCACUCCCUGUUCGUCGUCCUGAUGACCCUGACCCUCUCGGCCAAACUAUGAAGAUCCAUGGUCAGCCCAUACAAAAACCAAAAGCCAAAAACCAAGGCCAGCGACGGGGUUCGGUUCGUUGGCUUCCAGCUCAAUAAACUUGCAAUUAAUGUUGGCAAAUUAAAAUGCAAAAAUAAACAUUAAUUGUUUUGUCACACUCGCAGCACGACCAACCGAAAAAAUAAAGAACAGAACAGAAA